AUGCGCUCAUCAUCCAUUCUCGUCCCGCUUCUCGCGCCCUUUGCGGCUGCCUUUGCCGACCCUACACCAGCACCCGUGGCGGCGCCCAGCUCGCCGGCAGCAAACAUUGUCCCUCGUGCCAAACCUCUGGCGCCCGACGCGCCUUGGGUCUCGGUCAACAAGAAGGGCACUCCCACGACCAUCACCCCCGUUCUCACCACCGUCUCCGGCACCCCGACCUAUGAGUCUGGCGCGCCCAACGCCCUGACCGGCACCGUCUUCACCUUCACAAACCGCCGCGAUGCCUUGGUCAGCGUCAGCACGGGCGAUCCGCCCAUCGCCACGGCCAAAGCUAAGAACGGAAAGGGUGCUUUCGUCCCGUGUCACAACAUCGACAUGGAGCACGCGCCUUUCUGUGCCCCAGAGAAGGACGGCGAGCUCUUCGUCGGCAAGACCUACUAUGUCACCUGGGAUGCCACGGCGCCCGUCCUCAAGAGCAACACGAGCGAAAAGGUCUGGAUCCACCUCGUCGGCUACUACGUCAACAGCACGACGGGCGAGAUCGACGAGACCGAGGACCCCAUCUUCAACCCCAACAAGAAGCACGUCAAGCCCGCCAAGCACGGCUUCUACCCCUGGCACGUCGGCGGCAACACCAUCCCCCGCGGCGAGCAGAACGCCACGAUCCAGCUGCGCAUCCAGCGCCACAUUGACGACGAGACAGGCCCCCCGCACCGCGACACCCGGCCCCCGGGCGACAAGGAGCUGUACAUUGCGCUGCCCAUCGUUGGCGCCGGCCUCCUCUUCAUCCUCGGUGGUCUGUUCUGGUACAACAGGCAGAGCCGCCGCGUCGGCCUCGGCAACGUGUCGAGCCGCUCCGGGUUCGAAAAGCGCAAGUCGCGCGCCGCCAAGCUGCUGGCCAAGAUGCACGGCGGCAGCGGCAGCGGCAAGGCGUCUGGGUCCGGCGGUCGCGGCAGGAACAGGGGCGAGAAUGCCUUUGACGGCGAGAACAUGGAGCUCAUGGGUGGCCACGAUCGGGACUCGAGCCCCGACUCGGAUGGCGGCUGGGACGCGAAGCGUUUCGCGGGAGGAUCGGGGACGCGCUUCAUGGAUGAUAGGAAGCAGAGGAAGAGGGCGUGA